ACAAACUGUGAUUUGUUGUCAAAAUCAUACCGGGCAAGAAGAGAUUCUAGCGCCGUAAGAUAAUUACUUUUUCCAUUUGCAAACUAUUUGUGAUAACAUGUAAUUUCGUGCAUCGGCAAACGCAAGGUUGUUGUAUUUGUUCUCUCCCAGUACCUAAACGGACGAUAAGAUGAAGUUAAUGUCCUUAUCGUCAAUCUGUGGCAUUGUUUUCCUGUGUUACAUUUUACAUUCCACGUAUACACUUUACAUGCUGUUUCGGGCACCGCAAUGUACCGAUACGCCCUGUUACCAGUCUCAGCUGACCAAAGGCAAGUUCCUACAGCUUUCGCUGUACACUUCCGCGUUUGCAAACCCUACCAGCGCAGCAAAGGUGGCCAAGCUCGGUACCAUCAACCCGUUCGAUCCGUUCAUUGAGCUUGAGAAAUCAUACACCAUCAAUCUGCCCAAGGAGACGCGUUCCAAUGGAACGCUUUACAUGUUUGCCGUACUGACCAAGGGUGCCAAGUCGCUGGACUGGGACUCGGUAAGAAGCCAGAGUACAUCGGUGAUCAAAAAGUUUGGCCUGACGCACUACAUGGUACCUAAAGCAGCUACAAUAAAUUUGCUUAACGACAAGGGUUCGACAAAACGGCCUGCUAGAGCCGUAAAUCAAAAGCGUGUCGCGCACAUUCGGCAAAAUGUGUUCAUACACAUCAUUACCGAACAUUUUUCCGUAUCUCCAAGGGAUGUACCAGCGGAACUGGCACGAGAUAUUCGCAUCACCCCGGACAAUCUGGUAAUGCCAAUCAUACGGAAUGAUUUUGCCAAAGAAAAGCUUGCCGAUCUGGUGGAAAUCGACCCGAAAGCGACGGAAGCCACCGUAACAAUACACUACGCGCCCAGUUCGGUAGGCAAGAUCAAGAUGCUGGCACAGAUAGAAAGGGCAAUGUCGGACCUAACGAGACUUGGCUUUAGCGAGAAGGAUAUCGAUGAGGUAAAAUCAAUCUUCUCCGAUACGAACGUUUACUUACUAUGUGGAACAAUAAUCAUCAGCAGUGUUCACCUUCUGAUAGACUUCCUGUCGUUUAAAAAUGAUAUUCUAUUCUGGAAGCACAAACGCACUUAUGCUGGGUUAUCAUUGCGAAGUACGCUGUGGCGAACAUUCAGCCACAUCAUAAUAUUCCUCUACCUGAUGGACGAAGAAACAUCACUGCUCAUCCUGAUACCGACGGGCAUUGGAACGCUGAUCGAGGUGUGGAAGGCGAAGAAAAUCCUAAAGCUCGAUGUAAGCCUCCGUCAUGGAAUUCGGUUCCGAUCGAACGAAGAAGAAACGGAUGUGUCGAGCGAUAUUCAAACGCAGGAAAACAAUACACUGGAACUGGACAAAGAGGCGAUGAGAUAUUUAAGCUUCGUACUGUAUCCUCUGUGCAUUGCUGGAGCUAUUUAUUCGUUACUUUAUCUUCCCCACAAAAGUUGGUACUCCUGGACAAUCAGUUCAAUGGCAAAUGGGGUGUAUGCAUUCGGGUUCCUAUUUAUGCUGCCUCAACUAUUCAUCAACUACAAGCUAAAAUCGGUCGCUGCGCUACCGUGGCGUGUGUUCAUGUACAAAUCAUUCAACACGUUCAUUGAUGAUGUGUUUGCCUUCAUCAUAACGAUGCCAACCGCUCACCGAUUUGCCUGCUUCCGGGAUGAUAUCGUGUUUUUGGUCUAUCUUUACCAACGAUGGUUGUACCCUGUUGAUAAAACACGCAUCGACGAAGACGAACGGGCCCUUAUGGGAAAGGAGCCAAAUUCGACCGACACAAAAGAGGAGGAACAGAGGCUGAAAAAGUUGGACGCCAAGGAAAAUAAGAAAGAUAACUAAACAUCAUAUACCGUCGUUUUAGUACUAUAAUGUGAGACGUGUGUCGUUUGUAGCUAACACAACUAAAUGGCCAUUUUGAACGAACGCACAACAACAAUAUACAGCUAAUAGCGUCACCGUUCGUAAUGUUUUUCGUACGGAUACAUUGUGCGGCAAAUUACUGCCAGUUACGUUAACAUUGAUCGCUCACUCGCAUUGAGUCAUUAAGUUCCAUCCAUAGGUUUACGUUUAUAAUUGAAAACUAUAUUUUAUCGUUUAGUUUGAGCGCAAUAUUUUCAAUAUUUUCGUACAAAUGUAAACCGAAAUGCAUUUCCGUAUCGUUGAUAACGAAUCUUAUAUUCUUUAGAGUAAAUAAAUGAACUUCAAAUCAA